UAUUGUAUCUUCUGUAUUUUUUUCCUAAACAAUUAUCUUCGUUAAGAAACUUUUUAGUUAGAAAAAGCAAAUCUCCAUAUUUAGUUCAAAAUAGUAAACAGAAAAAGCAAGAGGAAAAUUGCUUUGAAACUCAGGCCAUCAAUUAUUAUUUAUUCGGAUUCAGCUGUUUAUUUUAGGUAAUUGAAUUUCUGAGUAAAAAUGCAGCAACCUUUGCUUCAACAGCAUCCCAUGUAUCACCCCGGCGUUCUCGCCGCUGCCAUGUCUCAGAUGGAUCCAAUGCCUAGUGGCAAUCUGCCUCCUGGUUUCGAUUCUUCUGCAUGUCGUAGUGUUUAUGUAGGAAAUAUUCAUGGGAAUGUCACUGAGAAACUUCUUGCUGAAGUUUUUCAGACUUCGGGUCCUCUUGCUGGAUACAAGCUCAUCAGAAAGGAUAAGUCGUCUUAUGGGUUUGUUGAAUACCUUGAUCGAUCAUCUGCAGCCCUUGCAAUUAUGACCCUCCAUGGUCGGCAACUUUAUGGGCAGCCGCUUAAGGUGAAUUGGGCAUAUGCUAAUAGCCAAAGGGAGGAUACAUCAGGGCACUUCCAUAUAUUUGUUGGUGAUCUGAGCCCAGAGGUUACUGAUGCAACUUUAUUUGCACAUUUUUCAGUCUAUAGUAGUUGCUCUGAUGCUAGGGUUAUGUGGGAUCACAAAACUGACCGCUCAAAAGGAUAUGGUUUUGUUUCCUUCCGCAAUCAGCAGGAAGCACAGAGUGCUAUCAACGAUUUGAGUGGUAAAUGGCUUGGUAAUAGGCAAUUAAGAUGCAACUGGGCUACUAAAGGUACCGGAUCCAAUGAAGACAAGCAGAUUUGUGACAACCAAAAUGCAGUUAUACUUACUAGUGGAUCUUCAGAAGGAGGUCAGGAAAAUAUUAAUGAUGAUGCUCCUGAAAAUAAUCCUGCAUACACUACUGUCUAUGUUGGUAAUCUUUCUCACGAGGCCACUCAAGCUGAGCUCCAUUGUCAAUUUCACUCUCUUGGGGCUGGGGUAAUUGAGGAGGUGCGUGUACAGAGGGAUAAAGGUUUUGGAUUUGUAAGAUAUAAUACUCAUGAAGAAGCAGCCUCUGCCAUUCAGAUGGCCAAUGGGAAGAUAAUUCUCGGGAAACCCAUGAAGUGUUCAUGGGGUAGCAAGCCAACACCUCCUGGGACAGCUUCAAAUCCUUUGCCACCUCCAGUGCAACCAUAUCAUAUCCUUCCAUCUUCUGGGAUGAACCAAGGCUACUCUGCUGCUGAUUUAUUGGUGUAUCAACGACAACUUGCAUUGAGCCAAGCUGCUGCAUCUGGCUUAUCAGGUCAAGCUCUUGUACAGCUGACCGGACAACAUGGCCUAGCUGCUGCUUCCAUGGGGUUGAAUUCUGGGGGGUCUCAAACUCUUUAUGAUGGAUAUCCUAACAAUUCUGCAGGUCAGCAGCUCAUAUAUUAUUGUUGAUGCCAGGAUCAUUUAACUUAUUCUGCGCAGGAUCAUUUAACUUAUUCUUUCUUUUAUUUUUGUUUGGUUCCCUUUUCUUUUGUUAUGUUAUUAGAGUUGCAAGUUCGUCUGAUGAGUCCAGUGAGAUCUGGAAACACUGUAACAUGCUACGUGUGAUAAAUAUUUCUCGGUUUCCUUAUUAUGUAGUUAAAUGAGGCUUUUGCUAUUCUAUUAGAA